GCCGGUCCCGGGGGGCGCAGGGGGCUUUGCUGGAGCGGGGCGGGUCCCCGGGGCCCGUGGGGAGACAGCCGGGCCGGGACAAGCUGCGGGGCGGCGGCUGCCCCUGCCGGCACGUGCAGGACACCCCAGACCUCGUCCUGCCGGCGGGGCCCCCGCAGCGCGGGAGAGCGGGCAGCAGGUGACAGCUCCUCAGGCGGGCGCCCAGGCCAGGCCCGCGGGACCCGCACGGGGUCAGCGCUGCCUGGAUCCGCCGGCCUCGUUGUCGCGGGCCGGGGAGCCGGUCACCGCCCGGGAGAAGACCGGCCCGCACCCCCUGCCCUCCCCUCGCGGCGCGGGUGCAGACGCAGCACCGACGCCCCUCGGGCCCCUCUGCCAGGGACCGGUGUCCCAGCAGCACUGACGUGGGCUGUGAUCCCGCCCUGGCCUGGCCUGGCGCACAGGUGUCGGUCCUCCUCUCCCGCUUCGUGUCUGCGGAGGUCUGUCAGCAAGAGCCGUGGGAUUUUGGGUCUUUCUUCCCCCUUCUCCCGCACGCGGAGGCCUCCGGGUGCCGUAGUGUCAGGCGGGUCCAGGAGAAGAGCAGGGCUGUCCCCGCGCCGGCAGCACCAGGACCGACCUGUGCUUCUUCCCCGCCCGCAGGUGCAGGGACCGUGAGCAGAGCAGAGCUGAGCAGCAGCCCCCUGGGGAAGGGCCUGUAACCCUGGAGCUGCAGAGGACUUCGCCAGGGAGAGAGGGGCUCCCUGACACCUGAGCGGGGCCCGGGCAGGCCGUCAAACGGGGAGAGCAUGGAGCUCCAGGAAGUCUUUGAGGACGUGGCCGUGUAUUUCAUGCAAGAGGAGUGGGAGCUGCUGGAAGAUGCAGACAAGGAGCUUUACCAGGACCAGAUGCUGAGGAAUUACCAAGCCCUCGUUUCCCUGGGAUAUCGAGGUCUCACUCCUGACUUAAUAUGCCGCAUCCAGGGAGGACAGGUGGAGCUGUGGGUCUGUGCUGAUGAGGACCACAAGAGAAUAUCAAGGUCGGAGUGCCUCCUGCCAGGUGAGUUGUUGUGGCAGGCCCCCUUGCCCGACUCCCUUUCUCCUUCGCACCUGGCUGGGCACCAACUUAUCCACACAGGGGAGAAGCCACAUGGGUGCCAUGAGUGUGGGAAGGGCUGUACCCAAUCCUCCAGCCUGGCCUCACGUCAGCACAUCCGCGCAGGACCGAAGCCAUGCCAGUGCCCUGUGUGUGCAAAGAGCUUUGUUCUCCACUCUGACUUGGUUAGGGACCAACUUAUCCACAUGGUGGAGAAGCCAUAUCAGUGCUUUACAUGUGGGAAGGGAUUCACCGAAUCUUCCAACCUUGCCCGGCAUCAGCGCAUUCACACGGGGCCAAAGCCACGUCAGUGCCUUGUGUGUGGGAAGUGCUUCAGGCGCUCCUCCCACCUAUCCCAGCAUCAGCACAUACACACAGGGGAGAAGCCAUAUCAGUGCUCCGUGUGUGGAAAGAGCUUCACCCAUGCCUCCAGCCUGGUCCAGCACCAGCGCAUUCACACAGGUGAGAAGCCACAUCGGUGCUCCACCUGUGGGAAGGGAUUCACCCAGUCCACCACGCUGGUUCGCCACCAGCGCAUCCACACAGGUGAGAAGCCACAUCUGUGCCAUGAGUGCGGGAAGAUGUUCACCGUAUCCUCUAGCUUGGCUGACCACCAGCGCAUCCACAGAGGGGAGAAGCCAUAUCAGUGCUCCGUGUGUGGGAAGAACUUCGGCCACUCCUCCCACCUUUCCCGGCACAGUCGCAUCCACACACGAGAGAAUCUACAUCAAUGCUCCGUGUGUGGGAAGAGCUUCAUCCAGUCCUCAUGCCUGGCCCUGCACCAGCGCAUCUGCACCAGCAUGUCCACACCUCAGGUGCAUCCAUAAUUCUGCCAGCAGUGCAGUAAACACUUGUGGAUGUCCAUUUGCUGAGCACCUGCAUUCAGGCAAGCAGCCACGUGUUGGUGUAGAGCAGAAAGAGUUCACCCAGUAUUUGGCUCUUUUAGGGUACUGCAGAACCCAAAGGAGUCGGAGGCUACCCCCAAUUGUGAUUGGGUUGUGGGGGGCUAAAAAAAACACUUCAGGCAGAGGUGAGCCCAGAUGCUGGGGGAACUUAUAAGGAGACGACGUUCAUAUCAGCCUUAGUGCCUCUGCCUUCCCCAUCAUUCUCCAAAAGCAGCCAGUGCUCCAGGGGCAGAAGGGUCUUCGCAUUAGGGUGCCCUCCCUGAGAUAACUGGUUCCAAAUGAUACCCAGGGACUGUCCUUGGCUGCCUCCCAGCUUCGUCCUCCCUCCUCGUCCCCAGGUUCUGGUAUGAGGCCCUUGAGUUGCAGGAAGGAGGACGUUUAUGCUUGAAGAAGCAUUCUCUGCCUGCCACACUGACCUUCCCUUUUCUGCUCCCACCCCCUGAGCCCAGUUUGGCAGAUUUUGCGUUUCAGCGUCUUUCCAGUACUACAUACCACUGGAUGCCUCAUGCUGCCUCUGCCCUCCUCCUCUUCACUGCCUUCUUUAUAAGGCAUUUUCUGCUAAGGAAGCCCCACAACUGAAUAUGAUAUCCUGUGGAUGGUUUCUGUAUCUUGUCCAGAGCUGUGCAGUGGGAACAGACCAGGGCCCAGCACCCUUUCCAGAGUAAUCACUGUAAUCCAGGGGUUGUUACUAACCCUCAGGAACAAGAGCUGGUCACAGUAAAGGCUUUCCUCCCAUGUCCUGUGCAGCAAGAACCCUGCACUUUUGGAGAAACCUCUGGCAAGGGAGCAAUAGAGUCCCUUUUCUGGGGGAAAUGGGGUAGCAGGACUGAAGGAGGUGCAGCCUGUGGCAGGUCCAGCCUCUCCUGUGAAAGGGUGGGAAAAGUCUGAGGCCAUCUCCUGGGUGAACUGCAGCAAGUUAUAACCUCCCAUGGUGAAGCUGAGGCCUCCCGACUCAGAGCCUGAGUGCCACUAGUGCCAAAGCCCUUUGAUUUCAUGAGUGUUUUAUAGAGGCGACUCUGAAAGGUUAAUACCCCAACAUUGAGCACUUUCUUUCCUUCACCUCCAUAAUUGUCCUCUCUGCUGUCCCACACCCCAAUCCCUGCCAGCGUAUAAAGCCAUACCCCACUUUCCCUGUGUUACAGUGUUUUAAGGUAAAAUUGUCUUGUGACUUUUGAAUGAGCUUCUGUUUUUUGGCAGGAGGUCUGGCUUGUCUUGUUGCAGGUGGCCACAGAAAGGGAGGAAAGGGGACUUUGUUUGACAUGUUGUGGAAGUGCCUGUUACUGGUUGAAUCUCUAAGGGAUUGGGGAGCAAUGGGUGCUGGGGAGGGAGUGUGGGGCGAAGGGGAACAUGGAGACGGAUCAGUUAAGGUCACAUAUCUUCCCAAGUCUUGAGUUCAAAGCCUGAUUCUCAAAGGCAGUUCUCAUUAGUUUUUGUGAUAUCAUCUCGUGGAGAAGAGGAGGGUUUGUUACAAAAGUAAGUGCAUCAACACUUCUCUUCAGGGUCCUGAGCUGGGUUGAAUAGGAGCUUGGGGUGGCACCUAAGUCUACCAAGGCCCUUGUUAGCAGAAACGGGUCAGGCCUCUGUGUUGAUGCAGCCAACCUCCCUUGCUGCAAAGAGAAAGGCACAAGGGGGGCAGCUCAGGCCAUGGACAUAGGGCCUAUCCCAGCAGUCCCCAGUCCUGGGGUGGGGCAAUGUGGGGGUGCCAGACUGGUUUUCACAGCAAUUCCUGUGGUGGAGGCUCAUUCUGCCACUGCCAGUCUGCCCCCAGCCCCUCCCUCGCCCCAGGGGGCACCUGGAUGUGGCAGCGGAUCUGGAAGAACUCAGCCUGCACCUCGUGGCUGAUGCUGAACUGUGCAGCCUUGCGCUGCUCCUUUCCUGGACUUCGCCCUGCAUAGCUCCAGGACCAUGGUGCCUGGUGGAGGGGAGUGGGUUGGGGGUAGACCCCAUAGUACCUCCCACCAGAGCCUGGCUUCCCACAGCCCCGCUGGAGCCCCUGCACACCCCUUCAACCUGCUCUCCAGCACUAAGGAAGCCCCCCAGUGUCCCAGGACGCCUCUCGAUUAGGACCCCACAGGGCCCCCACAAAGUCCUGUCCCCAGGGCAUAGCCCCACCCCUUUGUUGCUGGCUCUGCCUCUCCAUUUUGGCCCUGCCGAGCAGCCCACCUACUCCUUCCUAGAGUCUUGCCCACAGCUGGGCCACACCCCUUGGGACUGGCAACUAGGCCCUGCCCCUUGGCGCAGCCUGCCACACCUGCUGAACCAAGUCCUGCCUCCAAAGAGUAAGACCAUUCCCCUAAACUGCAGGCUAUGCACUCAGCAGAGGCUCUAACCUAGGGGUAGGCAUCAGCCCAUGGGCUGAAUCUGGCCCACCAGGCCAUCCUAGCUGGCUCAUGGGCUCCCUAAAAAAUUUAGAAAAUUAAUGUUUAUUUGCCCCUGGCUGCCUGUCAAAGGUAAUAGGAGACAGCAGCAGUAGGACCCAGGGAGAGCUGCCCACAGGACUAAGCAGCCACAGCAGCAAGGCCUCCUGGCUGUGCCCCACCCCAUUUGCUGCUGUGCUGCCACUGCUCCCUUCCCCUACCCACAGCUCCAUCACAUUAUGCUCCCUGGCACCUGGCUGCAGCACCAGGCAGCAGGACUUCAGUGGUGAAGCACUGGAAUGAGUUACCUAGAGAGGGUGGAGUCUCCAUCCUUGGAAGUUUUUAAGGCCCAGCUUGACAAAGCUUUGGCUGGAAUGAUCUAGUUGGGGAUGGUCCUGCUUUGAGUGGGGGGGUUGAACUUGAUGAUCUCUUAAGGUCCCUUCCAAACCUAAUUUUCUAUGAUUCUGUGACUCAGCAGGAACUGGCUUGGCCCCACGAUUCUCAGCUGGCUCCAUGUAGUGCCAGUCAGGCUGAGCUGGCUCCUGCUGCGUCCUGCAGUCUCAACCAUACAGCUGGGACAUGGUGCUGGAGUGGGAGGGUGGAGACGGGAAAACAGCAGGAGAAAGGCAGCGGUGGCUGAUGGAGGGGGGAAGUGGCGGUGAGUGGGAUCAUGGGGCCUGCACCAGUGCCCUGGGGCCAGGAGCAUGGAGCGCUGGUGGAGGCUCUGCCUGACACACAGAGCAGGAGAUUGACUGUGGGCAAACCCUCUCCCUCCACAUGUUACACAACACUCCCCAGUCACCUCCCCACCCCCCCAUGCACACCCCUAUAAACCCUAUGCCCACUCACACCCCCUAUGCUCCCACACACCCCCACCCCCCAUACCUGUCCACCCAUACCCCCCAGACUCGCCCACCAUAUACAAGAGCAAGACUUCAUGGUAAGCUAUGAUACUACAACUUCCAGGUACACUAUACAAACACAUAAAAAUCAGGAUGAAAGUAUUUUCUUUAAUGAAAUAAAUGAAUGUUGUAGUACA